UACUUUUUUGUAAAUAAAGAGUCGUUAGGUGCUGACGGAUCAUUUCUGGAAGAGAAUUUACACAAAGGUUAGCUUCUCUUUCGAAUCGCGUUUCUUGAUUUGCUCGGUUGAAUUCCGUUUCCUAUUUUUGUUAUCUGAUUUGAAACCUCGGGUGUAAGUAAUGGAGAUGGGUAACUUCAGAAGGUUUUCUGCGUGCCUGGAUAUAUGUAUAAAACUUGAUGUAUUUGGCAUUGUUUCUCUUUGUCGUGCAGAGAGGAAGACUAUUCCACUGGUUCCCGGUCUGCAUUCUGAAGAGAGAAAUGCCAGGAUUCUUUCGUUCCCUAUUGAGGAUCGAACUUAUGUGAACCUGGUGUCAGACUUCCAAGGUACGUUGCCUCUUCCUGUUGAGUCUGAUUAUGUGGGGUUAAGGCGAUCUCGUAGGCACACUCCUACCGCACACAAUUUGAAUCAGAAUUCACAUGUCGUUUUCGUAGAAGAUUCAGGGCAAGGAUCAGAAGUCUCCAAAGAUGAUGGCGAGGGCAUGAGCGCUUUCGUCCCUUUACAAGUUGUUUUUCCGAUUGCUAAGAAUACUCCCGUGCCCCCACUCAAGGAUUCUACUCCUAUUGCAGCUACUUCAUCAAGCACUUCCCGUUCCGUUCCUUCUGACCAUGAGCUGUUGGCUAUGGCAUCGAGGAGGAAAAGGAUGCCCUCUAAAUUGUCAGCAAAUCCUCCAAAGGUCCCCAAGUACCCGACGCCUGAUGCUGCCACAACUCCUAAUGCUCCCAAUGCGGAACAUGGGGUUGAUACCUGGGCGAAACCACCACAAGUUAUGCACUUAUCACUUUCCCCGGAAUUCUGUGAUUUGAAGGACGCUCUAAUCAUGAAAGACGAAAUGGCUCAAUUUCAAUUGGCCUCCUCUGCUCCCUUUUUUGACUGCUUGCUCCAUACCGGUGUUAUUGCUGCAUCUUCCGCUUAUGCGUUUAAGAGUAUUCAGGCGAGCCUUGUCGCUGCUGCUCGUGUCUCUUUACUAGAGAGAACCGUUGAUGAGCUGAAACAGAAGGAGAUCUCCCUAGCAUCUACACUUGAUAAGAGUACAAAGUUAGUUCAAGAGUUGGAAGACAAAAGUUCUACUCAAUCUGCCCAGAUUCUGCAGCUCAACGCCAGAGUCAAAUCCUUGGAGGCUUAUGGUCGAAAAAAGAAGCAAGAAGUAAUUGACGCCGCUUGCUAUUAUGUCUGGAAGACCAGGGGUGAGUUGAUGACAUCUUUUAUUAAAGGAGAAAUGACACACUGAUCAGCGGAACGGGAUGUGGCUACAUGGCAUAUACUGAGGGAAGAGAUGGAUCCUCCUGUAGGGGAAGACGACUUCGAGGUGGGUCAUUCUGACGAUGAGACUGAUUCUUAAUGUUUACCGGUCAGAUGAUCAUGCUUCCCUUUUUUCUAAGUCUGCUGGAUUCCAAACAUUCCCUGCUUUUGAAUUAUUCUGACACUUUUCGACUUGCGUUAAGGGUUCCCGGUGGUUUAUCCGGGACUUAACGCCUUAUCGCGCUACUCAUGGGCUUCAU